GACAGUUUUGGCAUGUGACUGACUUGCACUUAGACCCUACUUACCACAUCACAGAUGACCACACCAAAGUGUGCUCUUCGUCCAAAGGCGCCAAUGCCUCCAAUCCGGGCCCUUUCGGGGAUGUCCUGUGUGAUGCUCCAUAUCAACUUAUUUUGUCAGCAUUUGACUUUAUUAAGAAUUCAGGGGAAGAAGCAUCUUUCAUGAUAUGGACAGGGGAUAGCCCACCUCACGUCCCUGUCCCCGAGCUCUCCACAGACAGCGUUAUAAAGGUGAUCGCGAACAUGACGGCGACCAUCCGGAGUUUCUUCCCACACCUCCAGGUGUUCCCUACACUGGGCAAUCAUGACUACUGGCCACAGGAUCAGCUGCCCAUAGCCACCAGUCAAGUAUACGACGCAGUGGCCAACCUCUGGAAAGCCUGGCUGGAGGACGACGCUCUGAGUACUCUCAGGAAAGGAGGCUUUUAUUCACAGAAAGUCCCAAGUAACCCAAACCUGAGGAUCAUCAGUCUAAACACAAACUUGUACUACGGCCCCAACGUUGUGACCCUGAACAAGACUGACCCGGCCAAUCAGUUUCAAUGGCUAGAAAAUACCCUGAACAACUCUCAGCACAAUAAAGAGAAGGUGUAUAUCAUCGCGCACGUGCCGGUGGGAUACCUGCCCUACUCCAGCGGCAUCACCGCUAUUAGACAGUACUAUAACGAGAAGCUGGUGGAGCUUUUCCGGAGGUACAGCGCUGUCAUCGCAGGACAGUUCUAUGGUCACACGCACAGGGACAGCAUCAUGGUUCUUUCUGACGGAGAAGGACGUCCAGUGAGUUCUUUGUUUGUGUCGCCUGCUAUUACACCCGUGAGGAAUGUUCUAGAGAAAGAGACCAACAACCCUGGCAUCCGCCUCUUUCAGUACAAGCCUCGAGAUUAUACACUGUUGGAUAUGUCGCAGUAUUAUUUGAACCUGACGGAAGCAAAUCUAAAGGGAGAAUCCGACUGGAAGCUGGAGUAUGCCCUGACACAGACCUACGGUGUUGAAGACCUGCGGCCACGGAGUUUAUACAGACUGGUUAAACAGUUUGCAGUCCUAGACAGCAAGCAGUUCAUAAAAUACUACAAUUACUUCUUUGUGAGUUAUGACAGCAGUGUAGUUUGUGAUAAGAAAUGUAAGGCCUUGCAGAUUUGUGCAAUUAUGAAUCUUGAUCAUACUUCCUACACAGAUUGCCUCAAACGAUAUUAUAUAAAGCACAGCCACUAGCGCUUUAUGGCCAAUGUAAUGCUCUUCUGUUUCUGAGACCAGUUUGUGGGAAGUGUUAGGGAAAAUCUUUGUGAAUUACUAAGUGAACAAAUGGGAUUACUGUCUUUGUUUUCUAAUCAUCACAUAUAACAUUCUAGAUUUUUAUUAUAUUUUAUAUACUUGACUGCCCAUCCAUGGAAUUAUGUUUGGAUGUAAAUAUUCUACCUUACAGUUUAUAUGAUUGUACCUGACUUAUACUUUUGUUGAAAUUGUUACUCAUACAAUAAUGUCCACUAAUAAUUUGGAUAUUAGUGGACAUUGGAAAUAUGCGAUGUAUUGUAUAAACACUGCAUUAAUACUAA